GUCAGAAGUGCCAAGGGAAAAGCCGAAGCCCCCGGCUUCUCCUCAGGUGGCCUUGCCCAAAGCAGCGCCGACUGUUUCAGCAGAAGCUGCAGCAGUGUCAGCAUCAGUCGCUGCUGCAAACGCAGCAGCAAAAGCCGAGAAGCUUGCUAAGGACAAGGAGCAGAAUGAGCGCCGCGAGCGUGAGUACUUCAAGCCAUACAUAGGUGAGCCUUGUGGGCCAAACAAUCGAUUCCUUGUUGAAGGUCCACUUGGAAGAGGCUCUUUCAGCAGUGUUUUCCGCUGUUCGGAUUCCAAGUUUGGUGGCAAGGAGUACGCCGUGAAAUUCAUUCGCGAUAAUCCUGGUCUGCGGAAGGCAACGGAGGUGGAAGUGAAGCUCAUGCGGCGCAUUCGUACCAAGGCAGUGGAGAAGGACUCCGAGGGCGCUGGCUUCCUUUUGGGCCUGGCAAACCUUGAAACCUUCCUGCAUAAUGGGCACCUGGCCCUCGUUUUUCAUUUGCAGCGAUAUGACAUGCGCACUGCUCUGAAGCGACAGGUUCAGGAAAAGAACAGCGGGUUUCUUUUGAAGGACCUGCAGCGCUAUGCUGGCAACAUCCUCUUGGCUCUCCGAGCUCUGCGAGCCAUCAGGAUCAUCCACACGGACAUUAAGCCCGACAAUCUCUUGCUGUCUUUGGAUAAACAGUCUGUGAAGCUGUCAGACUUUGGAUGUGCUAUCGACACGGAGGAAUCCAUGCAGGCAUCCCACAUUCGGAGAGCGUAUGCGAGCAGCUAUCGCCCACCUGAGAUCAUCCUUGGCCAAUCGUUCAGCACGCGUGCGGACAUGUGGAGCACUGGAGCCACGCUGUUCGAGCUGGCAACCGGGCAAGUCCUCUUUCCUGAAGGUGCCAACAAUGCGAUGCUCUUAGACAUUCUCCGCACCUGUGGCGCUUUCAAGAAGCAGUUCGCCAUAUCCGGAAAACAUGCUCUCAAGCACUUCACCGCCCAGGGGGCUUUCCGGCGCCGCACCAAAGCCGGAUCUGAGCAGCAGCUGUCCAUGUCUCAAUUCCUGACCCCUAGCAAGCCGAUCCCAAGACGCCUUCAGCAAGUCGUCCAGGAUGUUUACCUGGAGCCCUUCGCAGACCUUUUGGUGCGGGCUUGCCUGGUGCCUGAUCCAGCCAAGCGAUCAUCCGCCGAAGCAGCUCUCUCACAUCCCUUCCUUUUAAGGACGAGGAGACCCAGUUAA